GCAUUGAAGUACAGAAAAACUCAUGGACAAGUUGCAGCAUCAGACUUAUCAAGAUGAGAUUCAUUCUUUACAAGAAGAGAUUAGACUACUAGAGCAACAAUCUCAAAACAGUCAAAGUUAUAUGGGAUCGUUUCUGAAAACAAUCGAUAUGCAACGAGAACAGUUCAAUGUGCGAAAUCAUGAAUCAUGGAAAUGCUCAAAUACUGAUUUAGAAGCACAAAUUGAUCAGGCAGAAUCUCAGAUUGCGUUGCUAACUCAGUUAACUGGCAUUGGCUUCACCAAAUGCAUCAUGACAACAGUAGGAAAAGGUAAUGACAAAAGAAAACAAUACAGACUGUCAGGCUACAGUCAUUCACUGCAGUUUGACCUUGAAUUUGAACUAAUGGAGGUUCAGGAUGUGGGCAUCACUGCCAAAUCUCUUAUCAUCAAUACCUUGACCACUGACCAGAACCUUUAA